UAAAGAAGCACGCAAUGCUCACCACAACCGAGGAGACGUCCCAGCAACUUGUGUCAGUGCUAGAGACAUACGCAGGAGGUGGCGCAACAGUGGAGGAAUUGGAGUACACGGCAGAGCUCCUUGUCGCCACCGCAGAGGAGGAGACGGCGAAUCAAGACCGUGCCCAGGUCGUCUCUACCUUCGUUGAAGUGCUGAACGGAACGGAGUUUCUAGACGCGGGUCAAUUACCAACAAUUGCAGAGCAACUUUGUGAUUUGCUGCUGGGCACUGAAGAUGACGACAGUGAAGAGGAGCUGGAGAGCUAUGCCGCUAAGAGGCGACGAGUGCGCAAAGAGCGACUGAAAACACAGUUCGGUAUUGGCAAGAGCUGCCUAGUGGUGCUCGAAGAGGAUGAGGAGUGGCAUCCAGCUCGCAUAACGAAACACAUUGGCGAGAAUGACGACGAGAGUGCAGGCGACAACCGACCUAUUGAGGUAGAAGUGGAGUUUAUUGAGUUUGGCAAGAAGCAGAUUGCUCGAGAGGAUGAGGUGGUGCUGGAUGAAGACGUCGCUGGCCGUGAGGACGCAGAAGAUAUGACUGGUUUGUGCGAAAUGUGUGAGCGACCUAUGAACUUGACAGCACACCACGUGAUCCCGCGGGUCACACACUCAAAGUAUCUGCGCCAAGGGUAUACGAAAGAGUUCCUCAACACUUGUAUCAUGAUUUGUCGUCAAUGCCACAGCAAGAUCCACUCAGUCGAGGACAACAAGACGCUAGCGCGCGAGUACAACACGCUUGAUAAGAUUAUGCAGCAUCCGGAAAUCAUUGCUUGGGUUGCAUAUGCCAGGAAGCAAAAGGCUCGCGUCAAGCCGCGGAAGAGAAGCAAGUGGCCCGUGGGAAAGUAAGCUCGUAUUUCGUAUCGAUAGUCUCUUGUGUUCUGAAGUAAGAGGCAUUAGCACAUCCAUGUACAAUUCUAACGAUAGCAAUGGAUGCUGAUACGAAAUACUCGCUGUGAUAGUGCGUUGCAUUUGAUAAGCACCAGAGUGAAAGUUAAUGGUGCAUGUCACUGAGCAUGGAAGCUCUCACACUGUUG